AUGUACUUGACAGAAAUUGAACAAAUCUUGGUGACUGUCUUGGGAAAAGAAGAAGUUCCUCUUAAGACUUAUACAAACAAGAAAAAAUUGCUUGAUCAAUGGCUUGUUGAUGCUGCAGCCACACGAAAAUUUUGCUAUACGAAAAUAGAACAAAUGAUAGCAGCAGAAAGCUGUGAUGAAGAAUUCGCUAGGCUUUAUUUAGAAUGGACUUCGCAAUUAAACGAAAAUCCGAGAUGUGGAAUCCCAGCCCCUGAGAAGCCUAAAAGGCCAUAUUCAGAUAACCCAAGAGCUACAUAUAUUUUACACAAAUUCAUCAAAAUUUUCGAUUCAAGAGAGCAUGAAUUUAAGAAAACCGCAAUUAUUAAAUUUCUAUUUCACGAACACAAUGAAAAGAGCAAGAGCACAAUGGCGUUUUUAAAGGCAAAAAUUCAAUAUUUGCACUUUCAAAAACUUGUGGAGUGCUAUAAUAAAAGACUCUGAAUGGAAAAAUUCUUUAAAGCCCAACAAUUUCAUAAAUUUCGCAGGCAAACUCUUCUUGCAUCUUUUAAUCAAGAUAAAGGCAAAAUGAUCGAAAAAAGGAAAAAAAAUUUUUUAUCUAAUAUUUUGACUGCUUAUUAUAAGAGAGCCAUGCUUGUUUAUUUUAACGCUUUUGUAGCAAAAUGCAUAAAGAGAAAAAGCAAAGCAAUUUUAUGCAAAUCAAUGCUUUUAAGGAGGCAAUUGAGAGAAAAAUUCAAUGGUUUCCAGUGCUAUAAAUUAAAGACUAUUGAUUGGAAAUCAUAUGAAAAACUAAAAAAAAAUGAAGAAAGAGUAGCUCAGAUUGAAAAAAAUAGCAAAUUCAAAAGAAAAUUAGAACUAUUGAGUAUGCUGAAAAUGGGAAUUUAUAAAAGGAUUAAUGAAGCACUAUUUAUUUGGGAAAAUUAUGUUGGAGCUGUCAAAUUGGAUCAAGCAAAAGCAGAGAAAACUUUUUUUGAGCUUCAAAAUGUAGUUAAAAAAUAUGCAAUAAAAAAAUCUCGAAUUCUUUUGAAAUCAAUACUUCGAUUUAAAGCCAAUUUGAACAAUAAAAAUAAGGCACUUUAUAGAGCUGUAAGCAUCCUAUCUCAAUUCAAUAGACUAAUCCUAUCAAGAGCUGUGUCAAGAUGAUCGACAAACCUAAUAGAUAAGGAAAAUCAAGAAAUUAAACAUCAGAAAAACAACCUAGAGAGCAAUAAUGAAAAUUUAAAAAAGCUGGUCAAAAAUAUGAAUGAUGAAAUGAUUUAUUCUAAACUGAGCCUUUCUCAAAAAAUUGAUGAAUUAAUGUCGCAAAAUAUCGAAAAAGAGCAAAUACAGGUCGAGCUGCAGAAAGAAGUCCAGUUACUUUUGGUCGAGAACCAGCUAAAAGAUGAAGAGCAAAAGCAAUUAAUUUCGAAAAAAGCAGUACAAACUUUUAAAUUAAUUCUUAUGAGAAGACAGAUUUUGUUUACAUCAUGCUUUUCUAAAUGGAAAUUCGAGUCGAUGAAAACGAGAAUGCAUUUAGAAAAUCAAAAGAAGCUAAAACUGGACAAAACCAAUUUCAAGCUUAUACAAAUGUGAUACUUAAUCUUAAUCUUAAAUUACAUUAAUGAGGCGACUGCCGCGUUGUUAACGCAGACACCAAGGACCUCGAUGUGAGGUUCACCUGCUUUGCGACGAACUCCCAACGAGCCAUAAAGAAUCGCCAAAGGGAAACACGUCUACUCCUUCCCACAGCGUACUGCGGCUUAAGUCUUGAGUGGGCGGGCUAUGGAAUCCUGCGGCUGCUGCUUGAGUUACGGGAGUUGGCUUUCCGAAUUUCAAAAAAUGAAUUUCUGGUCACCUUUCGGCAAAAAGGGAAAUUCCAAGUCCUGGGACGUAACGCCCAGUUUCACGCUAGGUAGUUGCCCGAAUGGUCCAGGCAUUGCCUGUAGACUCUGCUGAGCUUACCCUUUCCAAACUUGGACACCCUUUCCUCUCGAGGAUAAAAUCCAUUCUAGUCAUUGGGCAUGAGCCAGGCUCUGCUCUGCUCUGCAGAAUUGCUUACCAUGGCAUUGUUGCCCAUUUCUGGAUUCUGGAAUGGCAAAACCUUGCCGGAUAUAAUUAAAAUAUGAGUCGAGUAUGUAUGGCCGGGAGGCCAUACCCAGACGAAGACGCCAUAUUUUAAUUAUAUACAAAUCUGAUACAAUAUGAGUACUCAAAGAUGAACUAAAAUAAUGAGUCGCGCAUUCUCCCAAUUUCAGAUAAAUUCAAGCCUAGUUGCUCAUAAGCGAUAUAUUUGAAGAAAAUGAAUUUUAAAAUAUUUUGAUUUUGAGCAAUCCAGAAAAAUAAAAUUCAUAAAAAAAUGGAAUGAAAAAGUUAAGGACAUUCAUAUGAAAAUCAAAUUUAGCUUUUUAAGUAAAGCUCUAGAAAGAAGAUUUAUUAAUAUGAGUGCUGGCUUUAAGAAAUUUAAAACGAUUUUAGAUGCAGGAUACACACUAAAACAAAUUAACACCAAGAAAAAGCUAGAAUUCCUUCUUCAUUCAUAUUCAAAAGGAGUUAAUAUGAAUACUUAUAAAUAUUUUGAAAAAUUUAAGCAGCAAAUACAAAAAAUAAGAAAAGGAGAAAAUUUAUUAAAUAGAUCAUUUAUAUGCAUAGAAAAAGAAACAAAAGUAAUAAUAUCAAAAUUUUUUGAAAAAAUAAGGAGAUAUUCUUUGGAAAAGAAAAAUUCUGAUAUUUUUAAUUCUCUAGUUGAAAAACAAUUAAAAUCUGCAGAAGAGGAAAAGCUUAAUAGCAAAUGAAUGCUAGAGAAAAGAAAGAAAGAUUUUUUGAAGUAUUUUUCUAUGAAAACUAAUUUUCGGAUGAAAAAAGCAUUCGACAUACUGGCACAAGAAAUUAGAAAACAAAUUGACAAAGAGCAAAUGUGGAGGAGGCUAGAAGUUCAAGGCUUUCAAAUAAAAUGCAUGCAAAAAUGAAUUAAUAGGAUAGGCAAUAGACAAAACUAUAUGAAAUAUGCGUUUUUGCAAUAUAAGCUAAACGUAUUAAAAUCAAAGAACGAAGCAAAAAAAGAUGAAAAGUUAAUAAGAAAUGCAUGUGGAAAACUUUAUAGACUAGUUGAAGCUAAAAGGCAAAAAGAAAAUGCUAAAAAAGUCAUCAUCAGAGGCCAAACCCAAAUUGGGGGACUGAUAAAAGAAUCCUUAAAGAAAUGGGCGUUUAUAUCUAAAAAUAGCCCUGAGGAGACUGAAAGCAUAGUAUGUGAUGAGCUAAAUGGCCAAAUAAAUCCAAAAAAAACAAAAAUAAGCCAUAUGUCCGCAAAACAAUUGCAUAAGUUAGGAAGACCUAAUGAUAAAAUCGAGAAACAAAAAGAUUUAAUCUUAAGGCGACUUACUUCAAUACGAUCAAAGCUUAUAAACAAAUCAAAAUUAGUUCAAAAAAUAGACACCAGCUUUGAAAGCCCUCUCAAUAAUCUUUAUCAUCAAAUCUUUCUCAAAACAACCGCGCUAUAUUUACUCCCAAAUACUUUAAAUCACAAAAAAGUCGAAAACUUAGAAUUAGAAAAAAAUUACUACACAAAUGUGCUUGAUCAGCUACACAUAAAACUAAAUGAGCUGCAUCGAAGUGUAAAUUUUAAGAAAAAAGAGCUUUUAGAACUACAAAAAAAGAAAAAAGAGCUGCCUGAAAAACUUAAAACCAUAAAAAGAGAGAAGGAGCAAACUGAUGAGAAAAUUGAGAAGCUUAUAGCUGCAGUAAAAUACUUAAGAGAACCAAAAAUCGGCAGGAAAAUAGCUUCAAAAGAAGCAAAUAAACGAGUCCCAAUAAAUUUGAAGCUUGAAAACGAUAAAUAUCUUUCAGAGAAAAAACCUGAAAAAAUAAGAUCCAGAUUUGAUAAACCGCUUCCACAGCCAAUUCUUGAAGUAAAAUCAUCAAAAGUCAACCUAAUUGAAUUUGCAAUUAUCAGCUUUAUUAUCGGUUUUUCCUUAAACUGGCUUUUACGAUAUCACAUUAAUUAA